CUUCCAAAGUAGUAGGUAGGUGAUUUUCUCGGGAAAACUAUCACCAGAAAAGAAAAAAUACUCAUAGAAACUUUUGAACGGUUGUAUAUGUUUCCUUUGUCCCUCGAGAGAGUAUUAGGACCAAAGUGUGGGUCGGAGGUAGAUGGAGAUUCAAAUUAGAUCGGAGAGUACUCAGACUCCGAGCGAUUAUAAGCGACCGAGCCCAAGAGUUACCAAAACUCGAUGGUUCUUUAGAGUCUGCUCCAGCAUUUUGGUUUGGACUUGCUUGUUUCAGCUUUGCGUGCAUUCCAGGAUCUUCACCGGUUUAACCAAUCAGAUUUCCCUUCCGGUUGAGCCGGUUCGAUUGCAGCUUCUGCUUCCUCCUAGAAGUGAGUGUUUAUGUUCUUGGUAUUUAGGGUUUGAUGUUGUGCUUAAGAAAUUUUAAGCACUUUUGCAGGAAAUUAUACAAGUAAUGGGAUUCUAAGAGUGUCUUGUAAUGGCGGUUUGAAUCAGAUGCGUGCAGCGAUAUGUGAUAUGGUGACAAUUGCUAGACUGUUGAACUUGACACUUGUUGUUCCAGAGCUUGAUAAGAAAUCUUUCUGGGCUGAUCCAAGUGAAUUUGAGGAUGUUUUUGAUAUAAACCAUUUCAUCGAUUCAUUAAGAGAUGAAGUCCGGAUCAUAAGAAGCCUUCCUAAACGUUAUCAUGGACACAAACUCUUCCAAAUGCCUCCAGUGAGCUGGUCAAAUGACAAGUAUUACUUGCACAAGCUCUUGCCGCGGUUCAGGAAACAUAAAGUGAUACAUUUCAACAGGAGUGAUACGAGAUUAGCCAACAACGGUCUCUCUCUCCAUCUCCAGAGGCUGAGAUGCCGUGUGAACUUCCAAGGACUGAGAUUCACUCCCCGUAUCGAGGCUCUUGGAGCAAAGCUAGUUCGGAUUCUCCAACAGAGAGGGACUUUUGUGGCUUUGCAUUUGAGAUACGAGAUGGACAUGUUGGCUUUCUCUGGCUGCACUCAUGGUUGCACUCAGGAAGAAGCUCAAGAACUCAAAAAGAUAAGGUAUGCAUAUCCUUGGUGGAAAGAGAAAGAGAUAGUGUCUGAAGAGAGAAGGGUGCAAGGACGUUGUCCAUUGACACCUGAAGAGACUGUUUCGGUCUUAAAAGCUUUAGGGUUCCAUAAGGACACACAGAUGUACAUUGCAGCUGGUGAUAUCUACGGUGGUGAGAAGAGAUUAGCCCUUUUAAAAGAAUCAUUCCCAAGAAUUGUGAAAAAAGAAAUGCUGCUAGAUCCAAAGGAACUGCAACGGUUUCAGAACCAUUCAUCACAAAUGGCAGCUCUAGACUUCAUUGUAUCGGUAGCCAGCGACACUUUUAUUCCUACCUACUAUGGAAACAUGGCUAAAGUUGUUGAAGGUCAUCGAAGAUAUCUUGGGUUUAAGAAAACAAUAUUGCUAAACCGGAAGAGAAUAGUGGAGCUAUUGGACUUGCAUGAGAACAAGACACUAUCAUGGGAUCAGUUUGCAGUAUCUGUCAAGGAAGCUCAUGAGGGAAGAAGGAUGGGAGAAGCAACACAUAGGAAAGUAAUCUCUGAUAAACCAAAGGAAGAAGAUUACUUUUAUGCCAAUCCUCAUGAAUGCAUCAGUGUAGUAAGUCCAUCCACUAUAACAGAGUAAAGCUUCUUUAUUUAUUUAUUUAUUUAUAAAGCAUAUACUAGAUCACUAACCACUAGAGCAGGAUCUGAUUAGUUACCAUCUCUGUGUUUUUCUUUUGACCCUUUUUUUGGUUUUUGUAAAGUUAAAGAGAUGUAAGUUAAGAAGGGCUGUAUCUUUAUAUCAGGAAUUGGUUUACCAUCUCUUAAGAUCUAAUUGAUUUAAUCAAUGACAUUAGGAGAUAUAAGGGGAAUAUUGUGG